AUGACGCCGCUUAUGAACUUGCCGCUUGACGUCUUGCAGACCAUACCGUGGGAUGAAUCGGACCUGAGUUCAGUUAUACUGACCUGUCGCUUUUUUCAUCAGCUUUUUACGCCUCGGCUCUAUGGAAACUUUACGGCAGACGAAGAGGAUCUCGACACGCGACGUCCUUACGCAGAUUGGCAUCGGGGAUUUUCCUUUCUGAGAACGAUACGAAACAAUCCCACACUGGCGGCUCUUGUCCGAGAACUUUCUCUCACCCUUCGCGAGGUUGAAUUUUGGGAUCACGAAGCGUUUCGGCAGAUAACACGUGAUUUCGGUAUUGCUGCUGAUUUCAAUAUGGUCGCGCUUCCAGCAGAUCCGAACUGUCCAAACCCAAUCAAAGACACUGCGCCAGAAGAAGGAAGCCAGCAACAGGUCAUCUAUCAGGGGGCCACAAUAGAGCGGUCGAGGCAGAAAUAUUGCUCCAAUCGAGACGUUGAAGGCCACAGCUACAGUGCGGAGCAGUUCUUGAAGGAUUACGCAUGUACUGUACUGUCAAAGCUACCUCAACUCCGGCGUCUAAGCCUCACUUACGACGGAAUCAAACUCUUUAACCGCUUCUCACACUUCGCUCAUCUCGAGGAAGUCGAGAUUGGUUCGGCGGUUAUCCCGUUUCAAGAUGGCGGCGACGAGCUGUUCGAAGACGCCGUGAGGCUUCUCGGCCUCCCCAAGAUACGAAGAUGGUCGCUGUCCUGUGCGGAGAUGUCUGAGUCUGCAAUCCGAUGCAUUCCACCACAGUCUUCGCCAGUACAAGAAAUGAGCAUAUCUUGCCCCCAUAUCCCGGUGCGAGAGUUCCGUUACCUGAUGGCCAUCCCAAGGGCUCUAAAGGUGUUUCGUUGGAGGUUAAAAGCCUGGACAUGUUACCCCCUAUGGGAGGGCGCUCCACCGGUCUAG